AUGGCGUCGACGGUGGGAUUAGCUCCGGGACUAUCUCGGAAACUGAAGAAGGUAUUGGAAUGUCGAACGGACAGUCCGGAUCUGGUUGCGUCGCUCAACGCUUUAUCCACAUUCUACGACGAGAACAGUUCUCACGCGCGUCGGAAUCUCAGAUCGACGAUCGAGAAACGUGCACUUCAGAUCAACAGUGAGUUUCUUAGUGCAGCUGAUACGACUCAGAUCGCAUUGGAUCGUGUUGAGGAAGAAGUGAAUGCUUUGGCUGAUUGUUGCGAUAAGAUCGCAGAGGCGCUAAGUAACUCGGCGGCGACCACAAGCGAUAUUGUAAGCACUACUGAGAGGUUAAAGCAAGAGCUUGAGGUUACUACUCAGAGACAAGAGAUUGUUAAUUGCUUUCUUCGUGAUUAUCAGCUCUCGAGCGAAGAGAUUAAAGCCCUUAGGGAAGAUGAAUUGAAUGAGGAUUUCUUUCAAGCUUUGUCUCAUGUUCAAGAAAUUCAUUCCAAUUGCAAGUUACUUCUCAGGACGCAUCAUCAGCGUGCAGGUUUGGAACUGAUGGAUAUGAUGGCUGUGUACCAAGAAGGAGCAUAUGAGCGCCUUUGCAGGUGGGUACAGGCUGAGUGUAGGAAACUGGGUGAUACCGAUAACCCUGAGGUGAGUGAGCUUUUGCGGACUGCUGUUCGCUGUCUCAAAGAAAGACCUGUGCUCUUCAAAUAUUGUGCAGAGGAGGUAGGCAAUUUGAGGCACAAUGCAUUAUUUAGAAGGUUUAUAAGCGCUCUUACACGUGGAGGACCUGGAGGAAUGCCUAGACCCAUUGAAGUUCACGCCCAUGACCCUUUACGAUACGUUGGAGACAUGCUAGGGUGGCUACAUCAGGCUUUGGCAUCAGAAAGAGAAUUGGUUUAUGCUUUAUUUGAUAUAGACGCAGCAGAUCAUAAAUCAUCCGCUAAGAAUACCUCUGAGAAUAAUCUCUUAAAGGCAGGAGAAUCUGAUUUCACAUUUGUUCUGGAUAGAAUUUUUGAAGGAGUUUGCCGGCCAUUUAAAGUGAGAGUCGAGCAAGUUUUGCAGUCACAACCUAAUCUUAUUAUUUCUUACAAACUCACCAACACCUUAGAGUUCUACAGUGGCUAUAUCUCAGGUUUACUUGGGAGAGACACUGCUCUGUGUAAUACAAUUGGGAUGGUAAAGGAUGCUGCACAGAAAACCUUCUUCGACAUUCUUAAAACCCGAGGGGAGAAGCUUCUACGAUACCCUCCUCCUAUUGCCGUCGAUCUCUCUCCGCCUCCAGCUGUCCGAGAAGGAGUUUCUCUAACUCUUGAGAUAAUCGAGAAUUACAACAACAGCUUGAUGGAUUCCGCUUCAGGAGAGAAACCGGCUUUUGAUCCUGUCCUCUCUGCACUGCUUGACCCUAUCAUCAAGAUGUGUGAGCAAGCGGCAGAGGCGCACAAAUCUAAGAUGAGCGGCCAAUUAUCCAGAAGAAGCAGAACAAGUACUGACUCAAGCCAAUUAACCUCAGUCGAUGCUCUACUCUCUAGAAGCCCAUCCCCACCACAGAACAAUGAAACACCCUCGAAAAUAUUCCUCAUUAACUGUCUAUGCGCAAUCCAACAACCGUUGCUAAGACAUGACGUCGCAUCCCAAUACGUAGCCAACAUCGGAUCGAUGAUCGAGAACCACAUAAACCUCCUAGUCCAGAAAGAAGUCGACACACUCCUCCAAAAAUGCGGUCUUUCAGACAAAAUGCAAAUCUUCCGCUCUUCCACAACCGAACUUCCCUUGUCUGAGCGUCAAGACACAUCACCCUCGACAUUAUCAGAAUGCCUCAAGGCCUUCUUCGGCCUCGUUUUGGGAAGUGAAAGCUCUCUUCCCGAGUUCGAGCAGAUACAAGUCCCUAAACUCAGGUCUGAAGCUUGCGUCAGGGUCGCUAAAACUUUAGCUGAAGCUUACGAAGUAAUAUACCAAGCUGUAACGGAUCAACAAAACGAAUAUCCAGAUCCGAAAUCCCUAGUUCGACAUCCUCCAGAUCAGAUCCGAACCAUUCUCGGCAUUUGA